UUGGUAGUUUUGAAGGCAAGUAGACUUCCGAAAACAAUGAAAACUCUGAUCGUAGCCGCCUUGUUUUGCACCAUCGGUAUGGCGUUAGCCGACGAUACUCCCCCUCCACCACCAUUCUUGGCCGGUGCACCACAAGACGUCGUGAAAGCUUUCUUCGAGUUGUUGAAAAAAGACGAGACAAAAACCGAUCCUGAAAUCGAGAAGGACCUCGAUGCAUGGGUAGACACUCUUGGCGGUGAUUACAAGGCGAAGUUCGAAACGUUCAAGAAAGAAAUGAAAGCAAAAGAGGCUGAAUUGGCGAAGGCUCAUGAGGAGGCAGUCGCUAAGAUGACUCCGGAAGCCAAGAAGGCUGAUGCUGAGCUGAGCAAAAUUGCAGAAGAUGACAGCCUGAAUGGCAUCCAGAAGGCUAAGAAGAUCCAGGCAAUUUACAAAAACAGACCAAAGUUGAGACCAAAGGUCUCUGAUGUUGGAAACGUUUCCAUACAUUCAUAUGUUCGGUUGACAUUUGAAGUGGAAGUGAAGGCUGAAACAAUGAAUUGA